CCAAGAACCUCAAAUCCGACCACCUUAACCCCUUCCUUCUUCCUCCCCCGACCAUGGUGGUUUUAAAGUCCACUUCACCCCUCUCACCUUUCUCUUCCCACCUCUUCAACCUCUCCUCCCUCCGCCGCCAUCACCACCACCAUGCUCACCCCACCGCCACCAAGCCCACUUCAAGAGUCAAACACUUCAGUGUCAAAGCUUACAUGGAGAACUCCAACUCCUUAGGCAGUUUCGCCAACAAGGUCAUCGGGGCACUCCCUGUGGUGGGUCUCAUUGCCAGGAUCUUCAGCGACGAAGGCGGCGUCGGCGAUGACCUCGUGGACUUUGCUGAGUUCAGAAGGCGCGUUGGGAACAAGUGCUCCCAGGCUGAUUCCACUGCCUUCUAUGAGUUCCAAGACCGACGAGGAAGGGCAGGGGAUCCACUCUAUGUUCUGUUAUGCUGUUGGCUAGCAGCCGUUGGUGCAGGUCUUCUCAAAACUGAGGAUAUUCUAGAAGGGGUCUCUAGGCUCCGGAUCUCAAAUGACAUUGAAUUUGAGGAGCAGAAUUUCAUGGCCUUGAUGAGUGAGGCAAAGGAGAGACGGGCAAAGAUAAAGGCUGACCCUCCUGCUAUAGUAAUGGAGACUCGAGCUGGGAAGGCUCUUGAUGCAAUCUAUGUGUGUUGCUUUGGAAGGGAUGCUGUUGAAGAAGAUGAUGAGAGACUGCUGACAGCAAUGCUUGGUGCUGUUUUUCCGACAGUUCAGCGCGAUGUGAUCCAGCGCCUUGUGAAAGACAAGGCAGAGAAAAUAGCUGCUGGUGUUGAUGAUGAUUUUGUUUCAGAACUCAAGCCUCUAUCAAAAGAAGCUGUUGAAAUACAAAUGAAAGACCUUCAGUUCCUUCAACAAAAUAGUGAGACUUAACAAUGUGGUGAAGCCUGUGAUUUCCACUUUACAUAUGACAUUAUAUUUCAGAAACUAAGUUGAUUUAGCCUUUUGGUUUACUCAAAGAAAAAUUGACAGUCUUCAUAGAUCACAUUCUCCUAUUUUUCAGAUCCAUAUUGAAUGUUGGGGUCAUGAAUUUUUGAAAACAAAGAAAUUUCAUGUAGUUACUGUCAGCAAAGUAGCAGUAAAUGAUGUCUGUAAAGGGUAUUUUGUUUUUUAAUCUUUCUGAAGUGUUCUGAUAUA